UGGCGGCACACAGAGCAGCGUGAAGGAAACAAACAGAGAGCUGAAGCAAGAUCGUUUUCCCCUCUCUUCUCCUUCACACACUGUUCAUCAGUCAAUCAGUUCAUCAGCACAGAGCAGGGCGGUGCCUGCUGUCCUCAGGUGGAGUCAGUGAGUAGUGGAAACAUGGCGGCGCAGGGAGGUGUAGUGUUCCAGGAGAAGGUCAGCAGACUGCUCAGCAGACACGAUACAAAACCUGUCAUCAAACCCAACAAGAGUCUGGUUCUGAGAGACGCUGUGGCCAACCGAAAACCAAAGAAAGGAGAGGCCACCUGUAUCACAGAGAUGUCAGUCAUGAUGGCCUGCUGGAAACAGAAGAACUUUGUGGACGCUCUGUGCUCCAGUGAGAUCAACUCCUUCUACAGCUGUGUUGAGAUUGCUCAGGCUGCUAUGAAGAAUAAGUCAGAACAGACCAGAUUGCAGGGAGGAUUUCUACACCCAAAAAAAGCCACAACACUGCUGAAGAGAUAUCCCAACCUGCGCUCUGAGAUCUAGAAAAGAUUUGUCAAUGUUUUACGGACUGAAGAUGUACCCCUUAAAAACAGGCCAUUGGACUGAGUCUUACAACUGGGUUUCAUGAUGUUAAGACAUUGUCCAGAGUGGUCUGGUUUAAGAUAAAUCAUCUCUUUAACAGUCAGAUACAGUCAUCAUUUAAUCUGUCUCGUCUACUGUAAUAUUGUAAUAUUUCAACUAUGGGAUAUGAUAUGUUUGUUAAAUAAAUGAAGUAAGACGAUAUCACUGAUGUGUGUGAUUUCAACAAAAACAAACAAUGUUUUCAAUAUGUAACUUAAGGCUUCCAAAGUGUAUUCAGUCAUUCCAUCUAGCUAGGCAGUAUUCAGGACUGUCCCAUUCUUUGUAUUCACAACACACUGUGUUUAAUGCUUUGAUCAAUAAUCAUGUGACUCUCUCCUCGUGUCCUGAAUUGGCUCUGAUGAAAAUGACUCAAUUUUUUUCUCAAUCCAAUUUAGCAGAGUGUUAUCAAUGUAGAGGUAGUAAUGGAUGUUAUGGAAUAUUCUUCUUGGAUUUCAUGGCUUCUAUCUGAGAGUUUAUGGUUAUCACUGAACACUUAAAUGCCUCAUCAUUCCUGUGGAGGCUCGUGUUGAUGGUCGGCAGCAAAGAUGUUGGAAUCAAUCAAAUCAGCCAGACAGAUAGGGUUACAUAGAUUACCAGUAAGCAAAGCUCAGUGUGGUUGAUAUUGAUACUCCUGAAUGGCCUGUAUUUGAUCAAUUCAUUUAUCUAUUAAACU